GCCUACGCUAUGAAUGGUAGUUGCGUUCAUUCGGCCUGUACAGUAAUUUACUACAUAUUUAUUUGAACGUGGAAGAAAUUGUAGGAUUGAUCAGUAAAAGAGAAGCCUCCAUCAUAACAGUUUAAAACAUGUCUUCUCAAAUAGUGCUGAUGACCGGCUGCUCAUCGGGUAUCGGUCUCGCUACAGCUAAACGUCUCGCUCUCGACGCCGAACAGCGAUACAUCGUCAUCGCUACUGUCAUAGCUAUAUCGGAGAAAACUGAUCUGGAAGCUGCCGUAGGGGACGCUCUCCAAAAAACAAUUUUCAUCCAGGAGUUGGACGUCACAAAGGACGAUGACAUCACAGCUGUAGUGGAUGGAACACUAAAAACGCAUGGGAAAAUCGACAUCCUUAUCAAUGUGGCUGGGAUCGGUGUUGCUGACAUUCCUGAACGAGUCCCGCGGGAACAGAUCGAGACAAUUUUCAGUGUGAAUGUAUUCGGGGCCAUAAGACUCACCCAAGCUGUUCUACCUCGGAUGAAACAGAGGAAAGCUGGAAAGAUCAUCACUAUCUCAAGCACAGGUGGAAAAUUAGGUUACCCGUAUUUGGAUAUGUACUGCUCCACUAAAUUUGCGCUCGAGGGUUUCUUUCAGAGUCUGGCGGUUUCGUUACGCUCAUUCAAUGUCAGAGUUUGUUUGGUUGAGCCUGGUGGGACUAAUACCGGAUUCAGUCUUGUCAUUAAUAAAUCCAUCGACGCCAGACUUCAAGACGAGUCCAUCGACGACAUUGAUCGACGUCAGCUUCAAUGUUUAAGAGAGACGAUUACGAAGAAUGAGAUUGCGUGGCCAGACGAUGUCGCCGAUGCGAUAACGACGAGGUGUUUGGACGUCGACGAACCCGUCCUCGGACAUCUUCUACCGGAGGAGUUACACGAUGUCGUUAGGGCAACGGCGGGCGACGUCACUGGAGAAACCGGCCUCGCCAUUGUGCAGAAUUCAAUAGGAAAAUAACAAUUAGUUGAAAUAAUGAUAAUUUAAAUUCAAAGUCGGGUAAUGGUGCUGAAUUUGGAGAAAAGCAAGAUAAUGGAUUCCAAAUGAGACUUAUUGGCAUUAGUUUUGAUAUGUUUAUCAUGCUGCGAGGGAAAACGUGGCCGACAUUUCCUUGAGAUAAUAUGUAAUUUGUUGGAAGGAUACACGACUCUGAACGAUAUGGGGCCAUACAAUGUUCUCAUGGUUCUAGCAGGUGAUCUCGUCCUGGAUUUGCAUGCUGUUUGACAAAGAGGCCAGUUAACUUUCCUUGAUUAUUUUUUGCUCAUUCCCCAUUUAUCAUUUAUCAAAUCAGUUUUGUAAAUAUCAUCAGUAUUCUUUAAAAUGGCUAUUAAAAUAAAUAUUCGUAAAAUUAAAUUGAAAUUUUCAUCAGUAUUGUUCUUAUUCUCAUUGUAAAAUGUGAUUACAUUGUUUAAACAAAAUCCUAUGUCUAAAUUCUAUGUCGUGUAUAUGGAUGAAUAAAAUAAAUUGAAUUGAAGUUAAUUGAAUAGU